AGUAGCUCAAGUGCCAAUCUCCUUUGAAAAUCGCUGCGGCUCGGCCCGGCUCGGCCCGGCCCCGCCCGGCCCCGACCAUCGGGUGCCGUGGGUGCCUGGAAACCGCGAACGCGGCGGCGGCGUCUGUGACGUGCGGCGGUGAUGGGCUCGGCACGGCUCAGCAGCCACAGAGCGGCUCCGGGCUGGGUGUGCCAGCCUGGGCUCCUGCAGGGGCUGCACUGGGCCAUUGGCCGAGUGACUGUUCACAGAGCAUCGCUCUCUGCAAAGGAGUCCCGAAUUUGCAGAGCAUUGGUCUCUGCACCGGAUUCCCGAACAUGCAGAGCAUUGGUCUCUGCUACACAGUCCUGAAUUUCCUUUGAAGUUUCAUUGAGGCAUUGUCGUUUAUCUGGGAUAUCCUCCCUUCAAAAUGGCUUCCGGAUUCCGAGAAAAGAUCCUGAAACCCUGUCUUUGGUCGAGGGAAGCGCUGAAGUCUUUCAGUCUGCUUCCCUCUAAGUCCCUGUGGGAGAAGUUUUUCAACACGAAGAAGAAGGCCAGCACUGCGGAGAAUAUUGCGCCCAGAACUGGCCCAUUUCUAGACAUGAGUAAGACCGGUCAAAAGUUGUCGUCAGUUCCCCCAAAGCAGAACUUGCUUCAGAUUUCCCCACCAGAGGUGGUGUUUCAGGGCUUUGUCGCUCAUGAGGUCUCUGAAAUGGUGGUGUCUCUCGUGAAUAAGGACAAGUUGCCUGAGGUGGUGAGGAUCUCCAUGGAGAGCUCGCCUUACUUCCAGCUGGUGUGCUCCAACAACGCGUACCGUGUUGUGACGCCGGGUGUGCCUGCCCCUGUGCGCAUCCGCUUCACCCCUGGCAAGGGCAAGGAUUAUUCCCACAAGCUCAUCUGCACCACUGCAAGGGAAAGGAUAGUUGUGCCAAUUCAGGCCAUUGGUGCCCGAGCUAUCCUGGAGUUCCCUGACCAGCUGGACUUCUCGGAGUGUCCAGUCAAGCAGAGCAGCCACAAGACUCUGCUGGUUCAUAAUGUCAGUAACCGGGCAGUUCACUACCAGCUGAGCACCCAGAGUCCCUUCUCCGUGGUUCCGGCCACGGGAACUGUGGGCGCUGGUGACACCGUGCAGGUGACAGUGGGAUUCCACGCGCUGAUGACCGGUGACUAUUCGGGGUCUCUGUGCUGCAACACAGGUGAAGAAAGUACCCACACAGAGCUCCACGCAGAAGCUGUAGAGCUCAACAUUGGGUUGAGCACAAAUGUCGUGGCGGUUGAGACGACGUUCAUCACCAUGUCAAACCACAAAACCAUGUUCAUUGAGAACAGGAGUAACGUCACGGCCCACUUCCAGUGGAAAGCUUUUCCUACCAAGGAAGGAGAGAAUCGAGAGAAGAGGAGGCAGUGUCGUUUUCUGCGGCCGUGGUCAGAGAAGUCGCAGGAAAACUUAACGGAGGAGGAAACAUCAGAGUCAGAGAUGGGCUCUUGUGAAGAUCACACUGCCCGCCUGAGCAACACGGUCCUGGCGGAGAUAGCAAAGGUGCAACAGGACCCCAUGCUGUUCUCCGAUGACAUUUUUUUCAUUGAGCCAGUGGAGGGAGAAAUUGGGCCGAAUAGUUCGGCUGAAAUCAAGGUGACCUUCAAACCCACAGAGGCACUGGAGUACCAAAGUGUGGCUUACUGCAACAUCUCAGGCCGUGAGAGCAGGCUGCCCCUGCGCCUCAGAGGGCACGGCAAAGGACCCCUGGUUGAACUGAACUGUCGCAUACUGAACCUGGGGAACGUUUCUGUCAACACCCCCCACGUUCGUGAGGUGCAGCUGGUUAACCUAGGAGCUAUUGAUGCUCCCUUCACCUAUAUCUCCUCAAAUGCAAACGUGGGCUUCUGCUUCAAGUUUGCACCCAAGGAAGGCAUCAUUGCACCAGGCGGGACCCAGACGAUCCAGGUCUCCUUCGGUGCCACCGUGCUGGGGACAUUUGAGGAAGAAUUCCAGUUCAGUGUGGCUGGAUCUCCUAGGCCUGCAAUCCUGACUAUCAAGGGCAGUGUCACCGGACCGACUUCACUCUCGGACACCAUUAAGCUCAACUUGGAGGACAUCUCCUCUGACGUAGCGAUACCGCAGCGCUGCCGGCGCCUCGGUGGGCUCGCGAUAGCCGGCCGCCCGCCCCGCCCCGGGGCGGGCCCGGUGCGCAGCGCCGCUCGUGGUUGGGAGCGAAGGGGCAGACGGAUGCAGCGCUGCCUCUCCCCCGUCGCGUACCGCAUGAUUGUGGGGCACCCGGCACUAAAUCAUUCGUAG